UUGUGAGCUCUAGAGAGAGAAGACUCACAGGUAAGAUGGAGUUUGGCAAAACCAUCAUAAAAGCAUAGAGAGAGAGAGAGAGAGAGAGAGAAUGGAUGUGAGGAAAAUAGUGGUACUUGUGGAAGAUGUGGACGCAGCAAGAACUGCUCUCCACUGGGCUCUGCACAACCUCAUUCGUUAUGGCGACUUAAUAACUCUCCUCCAUGUCUUCCCCUCCUCCACCUCCAAAAGCAAGAACAAAGCUCGUCUCCUUCGCUUAAAAGGCUUUAAACUCGCCCUCUCUUUCAAAGACAUCUGCAGCAACUUCCCCAACACAAAUAUUGAGAUUGUUGUGACGGAAGGUGACCAAGAGGGUGGGAAGAUCUCAGCCAUGGUGCGAGAGAUUGGAGCUUCAGUACUUGUGGUUGGACUCCAUGGCCAAAGCUUUCUUUACAAGUUGGCAAUGGCCCAUGAAAACAUUGGAAACAGGUUGAAUUGUAGAGUGAUGGCCAUCAAACAGCCACCAUCUCUAUCGCCUUUAGGGACAGAGGCCUCCAGAGCAGCAGCAGUAACAACACUAGACACGAGUUCUUCAAAUGCUACUUACAUGGACUUUUCCCAGAUCGAGAUUGCCAGAUUACUCUGUGUCCCUGAGGUUCAUCCACCAAAAAUUCCAUACAGAAUUUGCCCAGACCCAUCUGCAAUAAUUUGGAGAUCAAGAAAUUCAAGGAGAAGAUCAUGAUAGAUGUUAAUUUCUGGAAAGAUAAGUGCUAGAUCUACAAAUGGAUUACGCCAGAUAUGCUUUAUAGCAAGAUAUACUUUACAAUCUGACGUACCACAUCAAACCUAGUUAAUUUGUGAGUUUGCUUCUGUAAAAUUGAAAUUAGAUGAAGUAACUCAAUUUAUUAGGUUAUCUCAAAAGCUAUGGUUCAGUUGAUUCAGGCCAUUAAUUUCCCUCAAGGAAAUUCUUUGGGCAUGGCCAGGCAUUUAGCUUUGGUCUUUGGCUUUCAGAAUUAUUCUUACACAGCACAGAAAAUACAAAUGAAAAGGUGGAAAUGACAUCAUAUAGUUGUUUUUUUUAUGCUUAUAUUUUCUUUC